GAAACAAGGAACGCGGCAUCGCAACUGAUCGAUUUCCGGCUGCCAUCCAGAAUUAGCCGGGGCAUUGAAGGAGGCAGGAUGCGACUACGUAUUGAGCUUCAAGUGCUGCCGUAGACAGACCAACGCCAGUUCAUCGGUGGUUCGCGCAUCUCUUCCCCCCUCAUCAACGCCGCCUCGCCCGAGACAUCCCUCACUCACCAGCUUCGACCCCGCACCCUCCCUCCCGCCAUAACUUAACUAGUACAUAGAAGCACGCACGCACGGCACAACAGCACCGCGAGAUGAAAACCAACACGCUCGCCGCCGCCGCCGCCGCCGCGCUGGGCCUUGCCGCGUCCGGGGCCACGGCGCGCUGGCACGAGGCCGACGGGGACGGGGCCACGAUCCGCUACUCGACGGUUACGGGCUACUUUUUGCAGGACGAGCCGACGACGAACCCCAGCGGCUUCGACUAUGCGGCCUGGAACUUUGGCCUCCUGAACCGCACAUAUCCCACCGACGGCUGGGGCCAGAGCCAUCAGACACAGUGGCAGCGCUUCGCCCGCUGGGUCAACUACCUCAACGGCCACUGCCGCAACGACGGACGCACGCGGUACAAGGUGCUCGUCAUGGGGCGCCACGGGCAGGGCUGGCACAACGUGGCCGAGUCGUACUAUGGCACGCCGGCGUGGAACGUGAGUUGGGCACGCUUUCAUGAGGCCAACCAAGCUCGUCGUCGCCAGGGCCCUCCUCCCCAUCACUGAUCUCGAUAACCAUCCAUCGCAGCACCACUCAUGUUUCCGUACCGUACUGAUGCUGAUGAUCAUCAUGGAGAGCAGUGCUACUGGGCCGAGCUCGACGGCAACGGCACCGCAACGUGGGCCGACCCGCUGCUCACGGCGCAGGGGGCGGCCGAAGCCAGCCGCGCCAACGCCUACUUCGCCAGCCGCCUGCACGACCACGGCAUGCCCGCCUUCGACUCGUACUACUCGUCGCCGCUCAAGCGGUGCAUCCAAACCGCCGACGGGACCUUUUCGUCGCUGCGGCUCCCCCCCGGCAGCGCGCCGUUCCGGCCGACCAUCAAGGAGCUGUUCCGCGAGGGCAUCAGCAUCCACACGUGCGACCGGCGCAGCACGCGGGGCGCGAUCCGGGCGUUCGCGCCGGCGAGCUUCCGCUUCGAGGAGGGCUUCACCGAGGAGGACGAGCUGUGGCAGGGGGGCGCGCCGCGCAGCAGGGGCGAGACGGAGGCGCACCAGCGGGCGCGCAGCAAGGCCGUGCUGGACGACGUGUUUACGCACGACGACGGGACGUGGCUGAGCGUGACGAGCCACAGCGGGGAGAUUGCCUCGCUGCUGGCGGUGCUGGGGCAUCGCGCCUUCUCGCUCGGCACGGGGCAGAUUAUCCCCGUGCUGGUGCGCGCCGAGGUGGCGAGGGGGGGUCAGACGCCGACGACGACGGCGCCGGGGUUCACGUUUGAGGCGACGUGCACGGCGCCGCCGGUGACGAGCAUCGCGGGCCAGGGGUGCGUGUGCUCGACGACGUCGUCCUCGGGAGGGAUACCGGCGGUGGCGGCGAGUGCGACGUCGACGCCAUCGCCGAGGCAGAUGUGAUGGUCAUUGUGAGUUCUGGGAGGGGAUUGGGGGUCGGUGGACAUGUGUCUGUCAAGCAUAUACGUGUAUGGUCGAUGUGGUGCUUUGUUGUAUCGCAGAACUGUGCGGUCAUCUAGAUGAUGGAUGCAUUGAGCGCUGCCAGCGAUGUGCGACGGGAACACGAUACUUGCUGAAGGGGCAUCGAUGCGAUGUCUCGGGUGGAACACCGCAACGUUGCGUACAAUUUAUACUA